AUGCCGACUUACGAAAUGCCUUUACUACUCCGUAUAAUGAGCAAGCCUGAGACUUUUAAUACAUUGAAGAGAGUAUCAACUGCAAUUUUUAGUAAAAAAGGUAUCAUACGUAAAAUUGAUAAUCUUGGCCAAAAACCAACACCUUAUAAAAUGAGUAAUCAUAAUAUGGUUCAUCGAGAGGCUAACUACUACGUUAUUCACUUUGAUGUUCCUCCUCGAAAAAUUGAUGAUUUAUUAGAGGAAUAUGGUCGUGACAUCGAUAUCAUUAGAAGCAGGAUUUACAAAAAACCUGAUGAUAAAGAACAACCACAAUGUACGUGGCACGAGGAAAUGUUACCUCCUCCAUACAGACCCGAAGUCCAAAAAUUAAUGGAUAUUGCAGCAAAAUCUAAAACAGGAUACACAAUUGAGUUUAAAUACAAUUCUGGAUUGGAUUAUAAUCCAUUCCAAAGAUAA